AUGUGGGCACCCUUCUUCGAUCUGCCGAAGGACCUGGGCUGCGAAUGCACGGGAUCCAGUGCCCACCCAGACGAAGAGGCGCCAGCAGUGCGAGAUGAGUCUGAGCCGAAGGCAACGGCGAAGGUGCCACAGACCUCCGCGGCCUCCGCGCCCUUGAGGCCUGGAACGGUCGGCCUCGGAAGCCAUGCGCCCGAGUUGAAGAUUGCAGGCCUCCGAAUACGUGGAGGCCCAGGGCGGUGCCUAGCCGGUGUCCCAUUGGUGCAGGAUCGUGCAUAUUGGGAAGUGCAUGUCAUCGAGGUCGGGCCGCCGCUCAGCAGUGUGCUGCUGGUGGGCGUGGCAGCACAAGGACCCGAGGAGCAUCUGACUCAGCGGUUAGGUGCGACUGCUCGAAGCUUUGGAAUCCAGUUUGGAGCCGGUGAGCCGCUGAACGUGGGCGACGUCAUUGGCAUUGCUUGCAACCAGGCGACCUUCCCUGUGUCGGUCACGGCAUGGCACAACGGCGCCCCGGUGCCGGCGCCCAUGCCACGUGGGCUGAAAGGUGAGCUGUGGCCUUCACUCUUCUUGUCGGAUUGCGUGGUGGAUUGGGCACUGGCUGAGUCGCACUGGAAGCACCAGAGCAGCCGGCCGCAGGGCUUCGAAGCGUUGAUGCCCAGUCGCGGGCUGAUUGGCGACUGA